AUGUCAAUUUAAUAUACUUAAGAUGAAUUGCUUACCUUUCAAUAUUUCUUUACUAUGUGCGAUUAGACUGUAAAUAUUUGUUAUCAUAAAUCUUAAAGGGCUAAGGAAUACUAGGUUAAGAUAUGGUGAUCAAUUUCUUUAAGGCAAGUGGUUUGAAUUAAUAGAUUUUAGGAGUAAUUACUUUACUAAUAUUUUAGGCUAUUUGGUAAAUUACAUCAUCCAAUGGACAGACAUUCACUAAAGAUGAAUUUUUUGCUGCGCUUAAAUUGAUUGCAUUAGCCUAAAAUGGUUAUCCGCCAGAUGAGAAAUUGCUAUCCAAAAACGUCUCCUGCCCCUUGCCUUUACUCUAAGGCUUCUAACCACCUAUAUACGAUAUCCAAAAUGAAUAGUUGCAAAAAUAUGAAAAUUAUUUUCUAACCAUAGAUUAGGAGGGCACUUAAAUAAUCCAGGGUAUGCAAGCAAGAGCCUUGUUUUCUAAAUCUGGCUUGAGUUUAGAUCAACUAAAAGAAUUAUGGAAUCUUUGUGACAUUGGAGAAAAGGGUCAUCUAAACAAAGGAGAAUUCAUUGUGGCUUUACACCUUGUUUAAUUGUGUUCUAAAUUUAAAUAUCCUUUGCCCAUCACCUUACCAGAUUCUUUAUUAUAGAUUGCUAGAAGAUUCUCCAGUAACCCUAAUGGAGGUAGAUUAGGUUCAAAUUCAAAUUUGGUUCCUCAAUAAAGAUUUGGUUCCAAUUCAAAUCUACUCAGUUAGCCUAGACCUAGAUUAGGAUCAAAUGCCAAUAUUGGAAUUUAACCAAUUUAAAGUGUUCAAUAGGUACAAUCAACUAUUUAGCCCUUAAAUAUUCCAACAAAUGUAAAUAUGAUUCCUGGAUACGAUCAAAACGGGAUUAAUUCCGUUAGGCAAUAAGUCAACGAUUCUACAUAACAAGUUUAUCUGAUGUAGAAUUAAUUAAAUUCACUUUAUUAAAGUAUUUUACUUGAAAAGCAAGAAGAUGUAAAAUAGAUGUAAGUUUUGAAUGAUAAGUAAUAUAAUGUUUUAUUUCUAGUUUGAAACUGAUCUUGUAAAAUCUGUAAGAACAAUAUAGAGCCAUUAAUGAAGAACUUAGUAGAAUAAGAAUGCAGAAAUAAGGGUUAACUUAGUAGAAUCAUUAAUUGCAGUAAUAAAUAGGAAUGUAGAUGCAAUAGAAUAAAGAUUAAUUUGCUUAAUUGUAAUAAGAGCAAUAAUUGCAAUAAGAAUAAUAAUCAUAUUUAUCAUCACCACCUUAAUUUUAGGCCAUGCCAUAAAAUUAAUAAAUGUAAACAUUAAGUUAACCACUUCCAUAAUAAAAUUUUGGAUUUUCAAAUACCCUUGUAUUUACUUUUAUUUUAUUGUUAGAAUUAUGGCAAUAGUAGCCCCUUACCUUAAACUAAUUAGAUCAAGAUCCAACCCUAAUAACCAAUUGUUCAAUUUAGUGUAGAUGAGGUUUAGAAGCAACCUGGUAUAUUAAAAAAUCAAGCAGGUAUUUGUUUGUAUUUAGAUUUAGAGACAUAAAAAAAACAAGUAACGUUUGCAUAAUAAGAAGAGUAAUUUCCUUGGUGA